AUGCCACGUCUACGUAAGCAAUCGACUCAACAACGUAUUCAAUCAAACAUAGCAUCAGUUAGGAGCUUCCGUGAACAAAAUUUAGAUUCUGACAGACUUAGAAACUCUCAACUUUUAGCAGCUAGAAGACGAAACGAAGAAUAUCGUGAAAACGAAAGGGAACGGGAUAGCAUUGCUCGUUCAUCUAGAAGAAGGUGUAAUCCACUGCUACGAAGUGCUGAAAGAAGACGAGAUUCACAGGAACAUGCCAGACGUCGUGAAGAUAUUAGUUACCGACAAGGUGAACACGAACGGAAUACACUGGAACACGCUAUUCGUCGAGAAUCGCAAGAAUAUAGACAAAAUGAACGUGAACGAGACGCACUGCAACAUUCCAUUCGUCGAUCAAUUUUGCCCAUACGGGAAAUUGAACAACAACGUAAUACUCAAGAGCAUGCAAUUCGCCAGGAGAAUAUCGAAUACAGGCAAAUUGAACGUGAACGAGACGCACUGCAACAUUCCAUUCGUCGAUCAAUUUUGCCCAUACGGGAAAUUGAACAACAACGUAAUACUCAAGAGCAUGCAAUUCGCCGGGAGAAUAUCGAAUACAGGCAAAUUGAACGUGAACGAGACGCACUGCAACAUUCUAUUCGUCGAUCAAUUUUGCCCAUACGAGAAAUCGAACAACAACGGAAUACUCAAGAGCAUGCAAUUCGCCGGGAGAAUACCGAAUACAGGCAAAUUGAACGCGAACGGGACGCACUGCAACAUUAUACUAGACGAUCAAUUUUAUCUCAACGUGAAAUUGAGCAAGAAAGGAAUACAUUGGAGCAUUCUAUUCGCCGAAGAAAUGAAAAUUAUAGGCAGAUUGAACGAGAAAGAGAUGCGUUGCAACAUUCGAUACGUAGGUCUGAUCCUGAACAACGUGCUCUUGAACAAAUAAGAAAUACAAGAGAGCACGCUGAGCGCCGUGAAGACCCUAUUUAUCGAGAAUCCGAACGACAACGCGAUAUGAUUUCUCAUUCUAAUAGAAGGUCCAAUUUUGUAUACCGCUCUUUGGAACAAAACAUAAAUACAAUGAGAAGAAGAUCAGCAAGACUAAACAUUGACUACCGGACUCUAGAACAAACUCGUAAUACAACACAACGUCGUGAAGCUCGUCAUCUAGCUCGAACACAAGAGCACGAUUUAAAUCGCCUUAGAAAUUGCCGUGUGAGAUUACACAGAAUAAACCCCGAGAAUCGAGCAAAGCAAAAUGUUAGACAAGCUUCAAGAAAUAGGGAAAAUCGAGACAAUAUUUCUCCUGAGUUAAGACUCAAUAACCUACUAUUAGAUUCGCAAUGA